AUGCAGUCUGCGGUAAGGCAAAACCUCCACGCAGAGUGUGAAGGCGACAUCAACAAACUCAUCAACCUUAAGCUAAAUGCAUCCUACACCUACCUUUCUCUGGGCAUGUAUUUUGACAGGGAUGAUGUUGCCCUGUAUAAAUUCUCCAGUUUCUUCUUGGAGCUCUCAAAAAAAGAGCGAGAACAUGCUCAGAAGCUGCUGGAGUACCAAAACAUGAGAGGGGGUCGUAUUUUGCUGCAGACUAUUGCUAAACCAAGUCGAGAGGAUUGGAGAGGUGGUCUGGAUGCCAUGUCUUUCUCCCUGGACUACCAGAAAGCCAUGAAUACUUGUAUUCUGGAUGUCCACCGCAAGGCUGACACUCGUACUGACCCCCAUCUUUGCGAUUUCCUCGAGCAGCAAUUCCUCGACGACAGCCACGAGACCAUCAAGAAGCUGGGCGACUACAUCGGCAGCCUGAAACGCAUCACGGCCUCCGAAAGCCACGGCCCCUUGGGAGAAUACCUCUUUGACAAGCACACCUUGUAA